UUCAAUUAGAUAUUUUGUCAUAUUUUCAUCCACUUUAGGACACCUAACAGUCCAUGCAUUUUAAAAUGCUAGUUUACCGUGUAACUUAUAGGUGUUUAAAAUUAUUCAGACGUUAUUAGCUGUAGUUAAGCUAGCGUUUGAGGCAGCAAAUAAAUCCUACAAGAAAGCGGAGACCUUAACGUUCCAUAUAAACAACGUACUGUAAACGACAAAGAGGCAACCGCCCGUUUGUGUCCUGAAAGUCAGCCGUUAAGACCAAACCGAGGAUGUAAACCAGUAACAAACAGCCAGCUUGUCAGCGGAGGCACUCAGCAUGGCUGGAGGAUAAACUGGCAACGACACACGCAGGUGGUUGCACUCGCAUCGUCUUCAUGUGCUCGGCUGGUCGGUGUUAACGGAGACCGUAAUCUGGCUAACAGAGUGGCGGUUGACGCCAUGGCGAGGUCAGGUGGCUGUUGGGCUUUUUAUAGCUAACGGUAGCUCAGUGCUGCUGGACCGUUGACGUUCUGUUGGACCACCGAGGAGGACAGCGCGCGACCUUGGAGACGUUGCCAUGGAUUUGACUCGGCUUGCUGUGGAUGCUGGGCAGUUCAUCAACAGGGCUGUUCAGUACACAGAGGAAAGUCUUGGCCAGGCGGACAAGACAGACUUUCAACCCGGGCUUGAGCAGCUCUUGGCCCAGGCAGACGCCACCAAGACCUGGACAGACAAGAUAAUCUCCCAGACUGAGGUUUUACUGCAGCCCAAUACCGGAGCGCGGUUAGAGGACCGGCUGUAUGAGCAGCUGGAAUGGAGCGUACCCCCUCGACAACGUGCACAUGAGGUCAUGGGAGACCAGAUGACACAGGCUGGGCAGGAGAUGGGCUCCAACACACCCUAUGGUUCUGCACUGCUCAGGUGUGGAGAGGCUCAGAAGCAGCUUGGUGAGGUGGAGAGGAAGUUUGUCCAAAGCACUAACAUCCACUUUCUCAGCCCUCUGAAGAGUUUCACUGAGGGGGAAUAUAGAACCAUGCAGGAUGAGCGCAAGAUGUUGGUGAAUAAGCGUUUGGACUUAGACAUCGCUAAAACCAGACUGAGGAAAGCCCACGAGGCCGACCGAGAGGGAAGAAACCUGAAUGCAAACCCUCUGGGAGAAGACUACGUGUCUCAUGUCUCUUACAUGUUUAGCUUCCUGCGCGUUAAAUGGCUAAAGAUGUGGGCUCAGGAAAUCUCUCAGGCAGAGAUGGAGCUGAGGAUCUGUCAGAGUCUGUUCGACCGACAGUCGGAAAUAACAAGACGAGUUGUGGAAGGAAUCAGCAACACUCACACCAACCACAUGCGGAGCCUGACAGACUUUGUGGAGGCUCAGGCCUGUUACUUUGACCAAUGCAACCAACUCGCUCAGGAUCUUCAGAAGCAGCUGGCCAGCAUUCCAGCCGUCCUCUGCUCCAAUAACUGGCAGUCAGCAAUUAGUAAUGAGGUUAAUCAUCCGUCCACAAGCAACCACGUAGCCAGUGAGCCCAUCGGGUCAAAUAACGUCACUCCAAUUCCCAUAAUCGUCCACCAAAUUCCAGACUUCGACCAGGACUCAUGGACUGCAAAUCAACCGGGAACAACUGAAAAAUCAACAGAUUCUUCUGUAACCACACAGCCUAAUAACAACAAUAACAACAACAUAUUUUCCGAUGGCCAAGCAACCAGCCACGGUACAGCAGACAAUCAAGCUUUUGAUCAAGUCUCAACAUCAAAUCCGGACAGUCACCCAACAGAUCAGAUCUCAGCAUUCAGCAGGACAGCCAUCACAGAAACCAAAGGAGAAGCGGCCACAAAAACCAAUGGUGCAGCUAGUCUGACAACUGCCUCCUCACCUUCUGAACUCAGUGGAACCUCAAACGAGUCUAAGUCUCCAAAUGCAGCAGCCAGUGAGGCCAUAACAACAAAUGACAUGCCUAUUAAGACUCUAAUAACCAAUGGCACGGCUGCUGAGCCCCAAACAGCCAAUGAAACUACAAGCGAGCUGCUCACUAUUAACGGAGAAGAUGUUGAGGAGGCAUCAACAGCCAAUGAUGGUAUGGUUGAGUAACUGGGACUGAAUUUUAUCUGAGCUGUAGCUGAUUUAGAGCAGUGGUAAUUGUCAGUUGUCAUUAUGUAUCAUUAUAACAUAGUACAGUUUAAAAAAAGAGGAGAAUAUUAAUUAGUCCCAUAGGGAAGAUCAUGUGAAGUGUUUGUAAAAGUGCUUAUUUUUCUAAACGUGAUAUAGUGCCACAAUAAGUUUAGCCUUUAACCAUAUUCAUAUAUUAUUCAUGUUGUAUGAACAUGAUGACUGUUGUGUAUCAGUCCCCUCUUUUGGCAAAGGACGUGAUAUUUAAUGAUGACUGUUAUCAGAUUCUAAAAAAGCUGUUUUCAGUCUGUGAAACGAAAUUACCUCUAGGUAAAACAUGAGAGAACUAAUAAUGCUUUGUGCCAUAUAUAUGUGUGUAUUUGUUGGUGUGAAAACAUCAAUGCAUGUGUGUCUCUGUCUGUCAGUGACACACUCAUGUUUACGGCUUUCCCCAACCUGUUACACCUUUAAAGAGAGGUGUGUGUGUGUGUAUACAUGUGACUCUGCCACCUUUUGACUUGUUACUGCAAGUUGAGGUCAUUUUUCCAAAUGAAACAUGUUACUUACAUGUGUUUGGGAGUCCAGCGAGGUGCCAAAACACCAAGCUGAACAGGACCUUUAUGCUUUACCGUGGUAUAAAAUAUGAGU